AUGCCCUCCAAAAGAAAGCAUGCUGAUGACAGCGAUAAUAAUGAUGAGGUCGCAGAGGACAAUAGGCGCAAAUCAUAUGCCUACCUAAAAUCAGAAGUCCGGCGCGUCCCUGAGAAGACCAUCAAAUCUAAAUGGACUACCCUACCAGACUCUGUCCAGGAUCAAGUCCAAGAAAUGUUCCAUGCGCUAGAACGUCCGGUUAUAAUGCGCCAGCAAAAUGAGCGCAAGCGAAUAGAGGCACAGACAGCAGUACAGGCGGUUGUUCGAAAUCUAGGACGGCGACUUCCACGAAUGCCAUUUCCUCCCAUUACGAAAGAAUCCAACUUUAAUUUUGAGUCUGCGCUGGAUGAACAUCGGUCGCUUGAAGCUGCAUUAGCUACCAUGAAAGAUAGCGCCGAUCUUCUGAAGGCUGAAAUUGCGAAAGAAGAGACGCUGCUGGCUAGCGAGAAGAAAGCACUGCAUGAAAUGGAGAAGAACGCCAAGCGAGCCGAAGCGGAGAGAAAGAGACAGAUGAAGAAUGAACACCCUAUGCUUCGGCAGCUGGAUGAUCUUCCACAUCCUCAGGAUCUCAUAUCCUCAGAUUUCCUAAUCCUAGACCCCAAGACCAGUCCGGAGACUCUAGACGAGCUGGAUACAGACCCGGAAGUUCAGGGCUUGGUGAAGCAACUACACGGGCAUCUCCAAUCCAUGCAGUCCAAUGUCGCUCCGCUUGCAGGACUCAGGGAUGCUAUCAUCCGGUCGCAGGCAGCUUUAGACCUUUACUCGGCUUCAAAUGAUUGA